AUGAGAUUCAAGCAUCCGCUGACUUAUGCCCAAGAAUACAUCUACCGCUACAAUGCCGACGAAGAUAAAAUCAGCACCUGGUUCGUCAAAGAAGAUACGAAGCAAGUCGACGGCAAGGAGGAGAUUGACUACUUAUUUCACGACAUCGAUACCGAACGUGUCGGUCCCGCGGUAGUGUGUCGUGGGGAGCACUUAUGCUCUACUGACGUGGAUCUCAGCUACUAUGAAUUCCGCCUGCCCAAAUCUGCUGGUGAAGGCCAGAAGAUGGAUGUCUUUGGCGUGAAGUACAAGGUGAAAGGGCCACAGAAGGACUACACGUAA